GUGGGAAACUACAUAAGGGAAGAGUUACUGAAGCAACUGCUUACUAAAGUUUACAUCCACUUGUAUUAAAGCAAAAGGCCCGUGUUGGUUCUUCAGAAUGACGCUCUCUACUCCCAGAGGCGUCCAUACACCAGUGAAGAUGAAGCCUGGAAGUCCUUCCUUGAAAAUCCCCUUACAGCAGCCACCAAAGCCAUGAUGAGCAUCAAUGGUGACGAAGACAGUGCAGCUGCCCUGGGAUUGCUGUACGACUAUUACAAGGUUCCCAGAGAAAGGAGGACUUCAACAGCUAAACCAGAUGUAGAUCACCCUGACCAAGAUCAUGGCAAAAGAAACAGCAUCCCAACAGAACAGUCGCUCGUCUCUACUGGAGAAAACAGAGUGCAGGUUCUGAAAAAUGUGCCUUUCAAUAUUGUUCUUCCGCAUGCUACCCAAAUGGCCAUGGACAAGAGAGGCCAUCUGACAACCCCUGACACCACUGUUACUGUUUCCAUUGCAACAAUGCCCACGCAUUCAAUUAAAACAGAAACACAGCCGCAUGGCUUCACUGUGGGUAUCCCUCCCACUGUCUACCACCCUGAGCCCCCUGAACGAGUGGUGGUUUUUGACAGGAAUCUCAACCCUGAUCAGUUUAGUUCCAGUGCUCAGCCUCAGAACUCCCAGAGGCGCACGCCGGACUCCACCUUCUCAGAGACCUUCAAAGAAGGAGUGCAAGAGGUUUUCUUUCCUGCUGAACUAAAUCUGCGGAUGGCUAGCAUGAGUUCAGAGGACUACGUUUUUGACAGCAUUGCUGGGAAUAACUUUGAAUACACCUUAGAAGCUUCCAAGUCACUUCGUCAGAAGCCAGGGGACAGCACAAUGACCUACCUAAACAAGGGUCAGUUUUAUCCGAUCACCCUUAAAGAAGUCAGCAGCAGUGAAGGAGUCCACCACCCAAUCAGCAAAGUCAGAAGCGUCAUCUUGGUCGCGUUUGCCGAAGACAAAACAAGAGAAGAUCAGAUCAGGCACUGGAAGUACUGGCACUCAAGGCAGCAUACAGCCAAACAAAGAUGUAUUGACAUUGCUGACUAUAAGGAGAGCUUCAAUACAAUCAGUAACAUUGAAGAGCUUGCGUACAAUGCCAUAUCCUUCACUUGGGACAUUAAUGACGAAGCAAAGGUUUUUAUUUCUGUAAACUGCCUCAGCACAGAUUUCUCCUCUCAGAAAGGAGUUAAAGGGCUGCCCUUGAACAUUCAGAUUGACACCUACAGCUACAAUAACAGGAGUAACAAACCCGUCCACAGGGCCUACUGCCAGAUUAAAGUCUUCUGUGACAAGGGAGCAGAGAGGAAGAUCAGGGAUGAAGAACGAAAACAAAGCAAAAGAAAAGGCAAGUGCACUGACUCCAGCUCCCUGUUGAAUGCCUUUCCCGAUGUCAAAGUGCCAAUGCUUCCUUCCCACAAGCGGACAGACGUCACUAUCUUCAAGCCAUCCCAAGAUCUUGACACUCAGCCAGUUCUUUUUAUCCCCGACCUUCACCAUUCCAGUCUUCAGCGUGGGACUCAUGUCCUUCCUGUUGCACCAGAAGAACUGGAGGGUGAAGGCUCUAAUAUGAAGAGGGGGCCUUAUAUAACUGAAGAUGAUUUUAUUGCACCUCCCAAUAAACUGACCAGAAUAGAGGAACCAAAGCGAGUGUUGCUGUAUGUCCGAAAGGAGUCGGAAGAAGUCUUCGAUGCACUUAUGCUAAAGACGCCAUCUCUGAAAGGUCUAAUGGAAGCUAUAUCUGACAAGUACGAUGUUCCUUUUGAUAAAAUUGGAAAAAUCUUCAAGAAAUGUAAAAAAGGAAUCCUGAUCAACAUGGACGACAAUAUUGUGAAGCACUAUUCGAAUGAAGACACCUUCCAGCUACAGAUUGAAGAGGCUGGAGGAUCUUACAAGCUCACUCUCACUGAGAUCUAAAACCAAAGCCAUCAAACCUCUGUGGAUUUUAAAUGAAGGUCUCAGAUAAACAUUUUUCUGUAAUUUAGUCUGCCGAGUAAAACACUAAUCACUUUCUCUAGAAGAAACCCAGUGGGUGAGUUUUUCCAGGGAUCGGAGCAGUGUUUGUUUAGCAAAGUUGCUACAGUCACGUUUCUGUUCUUCCAUAAGGACAAAACAAUGCUCAUUAACUCAGUGCACUUGAAAUGAGUGAACAAAGAUAUCAGGAAUUAAAUAAUAUUUAUGUACAAAAACAUUAGCAAAUGGGAAUAGGGAGAGAAGCCUUGAAAUAGUGGUGAUAUUCUAAUUUCUAUUUAUCUAUUAAAUAUUCAUAUGAGCCUAUCAGCUAAUGGUGUCUUAUUGGACUGCUCUCCGCUAGAUGCAGCUGCACAACUCCCAUUCAUGCUAAUGGGAGCUGCAGGUGGAUAUGGGAGACUAGACUCAAUAAUGUUUACUGCUGAACAGGGCAUGUUGCUGAAAUCACUUGUAUAAUUUUGGGGAGAAUGUAAAACUGCCUUGUUCAUGAAGAACUUACCUAAGUUACUGGGUGAACUCAUUUGACAUGAAGCUGUAUUGUAUAUAAGUGCAAUAUAUUUUUGAAGGUUUGUAAAUGUGUACAUAUGAAUCAUAUAUAAUAUAUAUAUAUAAAAAUAUGGUGUUUGUGUGUAUAUACAGUGAAUAUAUGCAAUGAAACCUCCCUAAAAGGAUACUAUAUACGGGCCAACAGUUAUUUAAAAACCUAGUAUUUGCCAAACCUGAGCGCACAUUGUAUAGCAUGCACAGAGAUGACUUGUUUAAAGAGGAUUUUCCUGAACAGAAGGAAUGAUGCCUACUAUACAGCAGAUCCCUCUGUACAGAGAGGUGUGGUGGGUUUAUUUGGCAGUAUACAACACAAGCUUAAGUUCUACAAUGGCUGUUACUCAUAUUCUGUACCUGUAGUGAGAUUGUGUAUUCUCAGUCUUGAACCUGAGAGGAGCUGUGGGCUUUGCUUCCCGGGAUAAGCCAACCUCUUGGGUUUAUGAAGAAGUUUUCCCUAUGACCAGCUAUUCUGUAACUGCCUGCUCCAGGAUUUCCCACACCACCUUCUGAAUCUGGUGCUGGCUUCUGUCAGAGACAAGAUAUUGGACUAGAGGGGCCACUACGCUGAUCCAGUCUGGCAGUCCCUAUGAUCCUGAGAACUUGAUCCUGCCGGUAAAUAGAUAAGGAUUGAGAGAUUAAGGCCCAAACCACCAGUAAGGCCAUGUAGCACAAUGCUUGCAAUCCAAGAAGGUGUAGGGGGAGUGGGUCCUACAGGCUGUCAAGCAGACUAUGCUCAGAGUUCAUCAGGAAGCAUCAAGCCUGCAUCUGCGAGAGGAGAAACUGAACAGUGGCUGCCUGUGACCGAAACACUGUUAAAUAUUAAAAUAUUUAAUAUUAAAUAUUGAAAAUUGCUGCUAUGCAUUGUAUCAUAGCCUUUACUCUGACUAUUCCCCCGUCUUCCAGCACCAGGCCUGCUUCCCCUCCGUUACUCCUCAGUGAUCAAUUUGGUGCAGGGACAGAGAUCUGCUGACCUACCAAGCACUCCAUAUUCCAUGCUGUGUGAAAAUCUCUCUGUACAGGUGUUCAGCAAACAGUGAGUGCUCAGUGCUUUUGCAGACUGCAGACAGCAUGUAGAACUGAACCCUGGAAAAGAAACAUGCCUGUAAUGCCGUGGGCAUAUUGAUGAGACUAAGCACAUCCGGUUUUAAGGAAAAAACAGAAGUCUGCUGUACUCUGUUUCUCUGAAUUUACUGCAAUUUGGGCUUCCAUUUAUGAAUUCGGGGGGGAAAUGUUACUGUGGCCAGGGAAUUCUUAUACACUCACGUAGAAGUGGAAGUUUUAUUACAGAAUCAGUCUAGGGCUAGGGAAGUAGAUUUAGAUCAUUUAUAGACAUAAACUUGAUAUGAAUGUUAUUUCUUAUCACUGUUAUCUUAAUGAAGUAUGUGACUUAAAUUAGGGAGUGUUUUCCACUAUAAAAUACUCUGGGAAAUGGGUCUUGUAAUGGUAGCAACGUUGUAUGUUUUAUCAAACUGGAGAUUUUGGUCUUGCCUACUGUUUUUUUUUUUAAUUGUAUAAUUGAAGAGGUAUUUUAAACUAAAGCUAUUAAAUUUUAUAUGUCCAUUUCUAA